AUGGCGCCCAUCACGAAGGAAUGCGACUACUUGGUCAUCGGCGGUGGUUCCGGUGGCCUCGCCAGUGCGCGACGAGCCAGCGGCAUGUAUGGUGCCAAGACUAUCGCCAUUGAAAACAACCGGUUGGGAGGUACAUGUGUCAACGUCGGCUGUGUGCCGAAGAAAGUCACCUGGAAUGCCGCCACCAUCAAAGAGACCAUCAAGGAGGCCAAAGCUUAUGGUUUCCAUGUCGAAGAGACUGCACCUUUCGACUGGACGUACUUCAAGCGCAAGCGGGAUGCGUACGUCAAGAGGUUGAAUGGCAUCUACGAUAAGAACUUGAAGAACGACAAGGUGGAAUGGAUUCAUGGAACAGCAUCAUUCAAGGACACCAACACUGUCAAGGUGGUUUUGAACGAGGACAGUAGUGAGGUCGAGAUCAAGGCGAAGAACAUCUUGAUCGCCGUCGGAGGUCACCCGACCAAGUCUGAUAUCCCUGGUGCUGAGCUCGGUAUCGACUCGGAUGGCUUCUUCGAUAUCGAGACACAGCCGAAGAAGGUCGCUAUCGUCGGUGCUGGAUACAUCGCUAUUGAGAUUGCUGGCAUGUUCCACCAUCUUGGUACGGAGACUCACUUGUUCAUCCGCCAUGACAAGUUCCUCCGCACAUUCGACCCUCUGAUUCAAGACAAGCUCGUCGCGGAGUACGAACGUCAAGGGAUCAUCAUCCACAAGAACUCAUCACAAUCUAAACUGGAGGAUAUCGGCAACGGCCUCAAGAGAGUGCACUACGAAGACUCGAACGGCAAGGGUACUCUCGACGUGGACGUCCUCAUGUGGGGUAUCGGCCGUAGCCCCGAGCUCGAAAAGUUGAACCUGGACGUAACCGGCGUCAAGACCGACAAGAAAGGCCACAUCGAAGUCGACGACUACCAGAACACCAACGUCCCCAACAUCUACGCGCUAGGCGACGUCUGCAACAAAGGAUACGAAUUGACCCCGGUCGCCAUCGCCGCCGGCCGCCGGCUCUCCGACCGGCUCUUCGGCAACAAGCCCGACGCCAAACUUGACUACGACACGAUCCCCUCCGUCGUCUUCGCGCACCCGGAAGCCGGCAGCAUCGGCCUCACCGAACCCGAAGCGCGGGAGAAAUACGGCGCCGAGAACAUCAAGGUCUACAAGAGCGAGUUCACUGCCAUGUACUACGCCAUGAUGGAGCCCGAGGACAAGGGUCCCACCGCGUACAAGAUCGUCUGCGCCGGCAAGGAGGAGAAGGUCGUCGGUCUGCACAUCCUGGGUCUGGGCUCGGGCGAGAUUCUGCAGGGUUUCGGCGUCGCGGUGAAGAAUGGCGCCACAAAGGCGGAUUUCGACCGCUGUGUGGCGAUUCACCCGACGAGCGCGGAGGAGCUGGUGACGAUGAAGUAG